AUGCCCCAAUCAGAACCCACCGACGGCCGAGACACGCCCAUCUCAUCUGCAUCUGCGGGUGGAGAAGGAAAAGGAAAGAGGCGCAAAAGCAAGAACGGUAAUGGCGGCGGCGGCAGCGGCAGCGGCAGCAGCAACGGCAGCGGGAAGCGCGAAAGAGGUGACAAGGACGACGAGGCCAUGGCCAAGCUGGCAAACGGCCCCCACAACCCGCCCCGCGCCCGCCGCGACGAGCCUGAGCCCAGGACCAAGCGCCAGAAGCGGGAGAAGCGCGAUAAGAGCGAGAAGCGCCGCCAGACAGCAGCAGACGACGACGAGGCCAACAGCAGAGACAGCAGCAGACGACGACGAGGCCAACAGCAGCGGCGGCAAGCGAGACGCCUCGCGGGAGCCGUCCGCACCAUCCUCGAGUGCGUGGGCGAGAACGCGGACCGCGAGGGCCUCCUGGCCACGCCGGAGCGCUACGCCAAGGCCAUGCUGUACUUUACGCGCGGCUACGAGCAAAACGUGCUCGACAUUGUCAACGGCGCCAUCUUCCAGGAGGGCCACUCCGAGAUGGUCAUUGUCAAGGACGUCGACGUCUACUCGGUCUGCGAGCACCACCUGGUGCCCUUUACGGGCAAGAUGCACAUUGGCUACAUCCCGAACAACGCCGUCAUCGGCAUCUCCAAGCUGCCCCGCAUCGCCGAGAUGUUUGCGCGCCGCCUGCAGAUCCAGGAGCGCCUCACCAAGGAGGUGGCCAACGCCAUAUUCGAGGUCCUGCGGCCCCAGGGCGUCGCCGUCGUCAUGGAGUCGAGCCACCUGUGCAUGGUGAUGCGCGGCGUGCAAAAGACGAGCAGCACCACCGUCACGAGCUGCAUGCUCGGCUGCUUCGAGCGGAGGGACAAGACGCGCAACGAGUUUCUCAGCCUAAUCAACGUCAAUGCCCGCUGA